CAGCUUGGCGGGGCGUCGCUGUAUUACAUCUUUGAAAGAACAUUGGCGACAGCCUCGACGUCAAGGUUAAAUGCGUAAUUGGCACAUGCUUAUUUAAAAGUUUUCGGACGGAAUCGUUGUAAAUCUCUGCUUCUGUUGGCUAGCAGAGUUAAGGGCCACUAGUUUGACCAGACAAUAUGGUUUUCCUGACUGCUGCUACAUGGAUCCGAGCUGCCAAGCCGGACAAGUUUUGGCGGCGGCGCAGAACGUUCCGUUUGUCCGCUCACUACUAUGGGAGGGCCAGAAACUGCUACAAAGUGGCAAUCAUUAAAGUGGAGAAGGCGCUCCAAUAUGCGACGAAGGGGCGCAGGCAAAAGAAAAAGGACAUGACUGAGAUGUGGGAGCAUCGUCUGACUGCUGGCUGUCGGGAGCACGGCGCCUCGCUGCCCGUGCUCAGGGAGGGGCUGAUGCGGUGCAACAUCCUGCUCAACCGCAAGGUGCUCUCCGACCUCGCCAUCUGGGAGCCAAGGACAUUCAAGUCUAUCGUCGAUCUCUGCAAGGCCAAGGUCGCUGAGGACCGGCCACGCGGUUUGGCGGAUAUCCCUGACCGGCCGGACCACGUGAUCACGCGUGGAAUGUUGUAAACAUAACAUGGCGAGCUACGUGAUUGCAUUUGACGCCGUGGCUAUGCCCCUGGCAUAUUGCCUAUCAGCGUUGUGUUGAUAAAACUGUGUGAAGAAUGAAGGCUUGUGUCAUGCGAGCGAAGACGAUUCAUGUUUUGAAUGCUUUGCUGAUAGUCGUAGCAAUUGGCGCGGCCUCGUUCAUGAGCUACGAGAUGUUUUUUGAGUGGUUGCGUGAGUGCAGUGUCCUCACAUAUUAUGAGGAGAAAUAUAGCAGGGGAGUGCA